AUGGCCGACGCAUAUGUUGCCACCGACAUCACUACCACCCCGCGUGAGGAGGAGCUCACGCACAACCACACGGCUGCCAAUUCCUCAACUCGCAGUGCCGAGACGAGUAGCGACCGUCAUGUCUCAGUCGCCGAUGCCGAACGUCAAUUCAACGAUCUCUCCCGUCAGCUUUCCUCGAAAGAUGAGCAAAACUCGGAUCUGGAAAAACACCAGCAGUUCGACCUUCGCGAGUGGCUCUCCGGAACCCAAGAGCAAGCCGACUCAAUGGGAAACAAGCGUAAGAAACUCGGGGUUUCUUGGAAGCAUCUAGGUGUUAUCGGUACUGCAUCCAUGGACCUUAACGUCCCCACGAUCCCUUCUAUGGCUUUGUUCGAAGUCAUUGGUCCUAUCUUUUCCAUCUUGAAGCUCUUUGGUGUUGAUCCGGCCAAGAAGAAGACGAGGGAUUUGUUGCAGGGUUUUAACGGCUGUGCAAAGCCUGGAGAGAUGGUACUUGUUAUUGGUCGUCCCAAUGCUGGUUGUUCGACUUUCCUCAAAACGAUUGCUAACAAGCGUAGUGGUUUCAUCGAUACACAGGGCGACGUUCGCUACGGUGCUAUCGAUGCUCGCGAGAUGGCCAAGCGAUAUAUGGGUGAAGUGGUCUACUCUGAAGAAGACGAUCAGCAUCAUGCAACUCUCACCGUCGCUCGCACCAUUGAUUUUGCCCUGCGUCUCAAGGCUCAUGCAAAGAUGCUUCCGGAUCAUACCAAGAAAACCUACCGCAAACUUAUCCGCGAUACUUUUCUAAAGAUGGUCAAUAUCGAACAUACCAAGCACACGCUUGUCGGAAGCGCAACUGUCCGUGGUGUUUCCGGCGGUGAGCGCAAACGUGUUUCUAUCCUCGAAGCUCUUACUUCCGGUGCCAGUGUCUUGGCCUGGGAUAACUCCACUCGUGGUCUUGAUGCCAGUACUGCGCUCGACUAUGUCAAGAGCAUGCGUGUUCUCACGGACUUGCUGGAAGCUACGAUGUUCGUCUCGCUCUACCAAGCCUCGGAGGGUAUCUGGGAGCAAUUCGACAAGGUUCUUGUUAUCGAUCAAGGUCGGUGUGUUUACUUUGGCCCUCGUACCGAAGCUAGGCAGUACUUUAUCAAUCUUGGAUUCGCAGAUCGCCCUCGUCAGACUUCGGCUGAUUACAUCACUGGAUGCACUGACAAGUAUGAACGUAUCUUCCAACAUGGUCUUGAUGAGAACACGGUCCCUAGCAAUCCGGAGGCUUUGCAAGAUGCCUACCGUAACAGCCCUUACUUCAAGCAGGCUGUCGAGGAGAGAGAAGCAUUCGACGCUGUCGCUACAGCCGAUGCUCAAGCUACGCAGGACUUCAGGCAAGCCGUCAAGGAAUCCAAACAUCGUGGUGUCCGUUCCAAGUCGCAGUAUACGGUAUCCUAUGCCUCCCAGGUUCAAGCGCUCUGGUUGCGUCAGAUGCAGAUGAUCAUUGGCGACAAGUUCGACAUCUUUAUGUCCUACGUCACCGCCGUCGUCAUCGCCGCUUUGACAGGCGGUAUCUUUUUCAACCUCCCCACCACCUCAGCAGGUGUCUUUACUCGUGGUGGAUGUCUCUUCAUCCUUCUACUCUUCAACUCUCUCACUGCGUUUGCUGAACUGCCAACCCAAAUGAUGGGUCGUCCCAUCCUGGCACGUCAAACCAGCUUCGCCUUCUACCGUCCCUCGGCACUGACCCUGGCUCAACUGCUGGCGGAUCUACCGUUUGGUGUUCCACGAGCUACGCUCUUUGUCAUCAUCCUCUACUUUAUGGCAGGGCUUGAUCGAAGUGCAUCGGCCUUCUUCACCGCUUGGUUUGUUGUUCUGAUUUCUUACUAUGCCUUCCGUGCGCUCUUCUCGUUGUUCGGUUCGAUCACGACCAACUUCUACUCGGCAGCUCGAUUGGCAGCUAUUGUCAUGUCUAUGCUCGUUCUAUGGGCUGGAUAUGUGAUUCCGCAAGCAGCUAUGAGACGCUGGUUGUUCUGGAUCUCCUACAUCAACCCCGUCUUUUACGCUUUCGAGGCUUUGAUGAUUAACGAGUUCAAGCGGGUCACGUUCACUUGCGAAGGUGCACAGAUCUUGCCUUCGGGAGCGGGCUAUCCUACUUCGUUGACGGUUAACCAGAUUUGUACGCUUGCCGGUGCUACUCCUGGUUCCGACCAGAUUCCGGGGAUUGCUUACUUGACUGCUAGCUUCGGUUACCAGGAGAGCCAUCUGUGGCGUAACGUCGGCAUCUUGAUCGCUUUCCUUGUUGGAUUUGUUGCCAUCACUGCGCUUGUCGUCGAAAGGAUGGACCAAGGCGCUUUUGCCUCGGCUAUGGUUGUCAAGAAACCUCCCAAUACAGAGGAGAAGCAACUCAACGAGAAACUCAUCGACCGACGUUCCGGUGCAACCGAAAAGACAGAGGCUAAGCUCGAGGUGUAUGGCCAGGCUUUCACUUGGUCCAACUUGGAAUACACUGUCCCCGUCCAGGGUGGGCAGCGCAAGUUGCUUGACAAAGUCUUUGGAUAUGUGAAACCAGGGACGAUGACUGCCUUGAUGGGAUCCUCGGGAGCCGGUAAGACGACUUUGCUGGAUGUUCUUGCUGACCGUAAAAACGUUGGCGUUAUCCAGGGCGAGCGUCUGAUUGAAGGCAAAUCCAUCGACGUUUCUUUCCAGCGCCAGUGCGGGUAUGCAGAGCAGCAAGACAUCCACGAACCCAUGUGCAGCGUUCGCGAGGCUCUGCGCUUCUCAGCCUACCUCCGUCAGAGUUACGAGAUCUCCAAGGCUGAAAAGGACCAGUACGUGGAAGACAUCAUCGAGUUGCUCGAAAUGCAGGACAUUGCCGACGCCAUCAUCGGCUACCCUCAAUUCGGCCUCGGUGUCGGCGACCGUAAGCGAGUAACGAUCGGUGUUGAGCUUGCUGCGAAACCUUCGAUGCUUCUCUUCCUCGACGAGCCCACUUCGGGUCUCGAUGGACAAUCGGCAUUCACCAUCUGCCGUCUGCUUCGCAAACUGGCCGACAACGGUCAGACGAUUCUGUGCACCAUUCACCAGCCUUCGGCUUUGCUGUUCGAGACGUUUGAUCGCUUGCUCCUGCUCGAGCGCGGGGGUAGGACGGUCUACUCGGGUCCCAUUGGUAAGGAUGGCAAACAUGUGAUCGAGUACUUUGCUGCUCGUGGAGCUCGCUGUCCUCCUGGUGUCAACCCUGCGGAAUACAUGCUGGAUGCGAUCGGAGCUGGUAGCCAGCCUCGUGUGGGCGACCGCGACUGGGCGGAUUGGUACCUCGAAUCAGACAUGCACCAGGACAACCUUGCUGUGAUCCAAGAGAUCAACAGCCAAGGUGCAGCCAAACCAAAGCCAGAACAGCGCACUACCGAGUACGCUGCGCCUUGGACGCACCAGUUCCAAGUGGUGCUCAAGAGGACGAUGCUCAGCACAUGGCGUCAACCUUCGUACCAGUACACUCGAUUCUUCCAGCAUCUCGCCUUUGCCCUGCUCACCGGUCUUCUGUUCUUGCAGCUGGGUAACAAUGUCGCUUCGCUGCAGUACCGUCUUUUCGUUAUCUUCAUGCUGGCCAUUAUCCCCGCUAUUAUCAUGGCGCAGAUUAUGCCCUUCUGGAUCAUGUCGAGGUCCAUCUGGAUUCGGGAAGAGACGAGCAAGACGUUUGCAGGUACCGUCUUCGCUGCUACCCAGCUCAUCUCCGAGGUUCCUUAUGCAUUCGUCUGCGGUACGGUCUUCUUUGUCUUGAUCUACUACCUGGCUGGCUUCAACACAGACUCGGGCCGAGCUGCGUACUUCUGGAUCAUGACUUUCCUCUUGGAGCUUUUCGCCAUCUCGAUCGGAACCUUGGUCGCCUCGUUCUCCAAAUCCGCAUACUUUGCCUCGCUCUUUGUUCCCUUCCUGACGAUCAUCCUCAACUUGACAUGCGGUAUCUUGUCGCCACCGCAGUCCAUGUCGAGCGGCCUGUACAGCAAGUUCCUGUACAAUGUCAACCCGGUUCGGUUCACCAUCUCGCCGCUCAUCGCCAACGAGCUGUACGGAUUGCAGGUGCAAUGCGCCGCCAACGAAUUCUCACGCUUCUCCCCGCCAUCUGGCCAAACGUGCGCUCAGUGGGCUGGAAGCUACAUUGCCCAGAUGGGAGGAUACUUGGCCAACCCAGAUGCCACUGCCGACUGCAUGUACUGCACCUACUCCAGUGGCGAACAGUUCUACUCUGCCUUCGGCAUCCGUUUCAGCGAAAGAGGCCGUGAUGCCGGGAUCAUGAUUGCCUUUAUCGUCUUCAACUGCGCUGCGACUAUUCUGUUCACCAAGAUCUUCCGCUUUAGCAACCGCUAG